AUGGAAGAAACCCAACCUCUGAGCUCAAAGAUCUCAACGGUGGUGCCAGCAACCCCGCGAGGGGACGAGCACAGUGUGUGGCACCUCAGCUCCAUGGACCUGCUCCUUAAGCUCUACUACAUCAGAGCCCUCUAUUUUUUCAUCAACGACGCUGCUCAAGGACUCUCCAUCUACGACCUCAAGAAACCCAUGUUCCCUCUCCUCGAUCAUGUCAUCCACCUCUCGGGUCGGAUCCGAUUCUCCGAAUCCGGUCGACCCUUCAUAAAGUGUAACGACGCUGGUGUCCGCAUCGCCGAGUCUCACUGUGACCUAACCCUUCUGGAAUGGUUCCAUGAAAACGGGUGCUCCAUUCAUCAUGGUCUCCUCCACGAUCAUGUACUUGGUCCCGACCUUGGUUUCUCUCCUUUGGUCUUUGUUAAGUUCACUUGGUUCAAAUGUGGAGGCCUUUCUGUGGGGCUUAGUUGGUCCCAUGUCCUUGGCGAUGCCUUUUCAGCUUUCAAUUUCAUCACCAAGUGGAGUCAAACGCUCGCGGGUCACGCGCCACCCAAAACCCUAAUUCACACGCCAAAUCACAAACAAAUUCAAUCCCCACCACACAACAAUUUGGUUGAUGGAAACCAUGGGAAUAAUGAGAAUCCCGUUUCUGUUAAAAUGGCCACAACCGUAGAGGAACUCUGGCUGGCCACAAACGACACCCAGAUGGUUACUCACACUUUCCAUGUUACUCCCAACCAACUUAACCACUUGGUAACAUCCAUCUUCAUAUGCGACCAAAACCAAGCCACCCAAACCUCGUAUUUCGAGAUUCUUUCGGCUUUGGUGUGGAAACAGGUGGCGCGCAUCAGAGACACGGAGCCAAAGAUCGUGACGGUUUUGACACGUGGCAGUGUCUCUAAUGAAUUCCCGACCAAUGACGUGGUGAUAAGUGUGGUUGAAGCAGACGUGGCGAUUGGAAAAUCCGACGUGGGGGAUUUGGCGAAGCUGAUUGGUGAGGAGAAAAGGGUGGAGAAUAACAUUGUGGAGAAGUUGGUGGAAGAAAACGAAGGGAAAGAUAAUUUUGCGGUUUAUGGAGCAAGAUUGACGUUUGUGGAUUUGGAAGAAGGUGAUAUUUAUGGGGUUGUGUUGAAUGGACAGAAACCGAUGGUGGCAAAUUGUAGCAUUGAUGGGGUGGGUGAUGACGGUGUCGUUUUGGUGCUUCCGGGAUUGGAAGAUGAAGAAGAUGGGAGGAGUGGAAGAAUGGUGACUGUUACUUUGCCUGAAAAAGAAGUUUUGCAGCUGAAGGAUAAGCUAAGAGAAGAAUGGGGUUUUGAGUCACUUGCAUUUUGA